UCGCUCAUGUAGCCUUCCAGUUCCAUUAAUUCCCUGCGUAAGAUCCAUAACAACCAGUCAGACUUCCUAAUGUAAGCUUUUGAAUCAAGUGUCAUCACCGGGCAAUUUGCUUCUAUGAUGAAAGUGAUAAAUCCAUGAAGACUUGCCAACAACUUUACCUUACCUUGAACGGAAUAACAACAACUGACUGCAAAAGGAGGAUAAAAAUGAUCACAUGGUUAUUACUGGUCUCACUGUUCUGCAAGAGCACACAAGGCCAAAACGCACAAGAAAAUCGUGUCUUGCAUUGCGGACCUAAGAAUCUGACACUUACAACAUCUGAGCAGACAAUCCUGUCCACAUGGGAAGACGACCGUUCAUGCUCUGCAGUACAAGACGUGCUGAUCUAUGAGCUGGUGGUUCUCAUAGCAGACAAGCAAGUACAUUAUGAGGAAGUUGCUGUGACGCCUGACCAGAUAGGAGCUACUCACUCCUGGAACUGGACAUCUCAUUUGCCAUUAGAGUGCGCUUCCCAUUCAGUCAGGCUCACCUCCCGAUACAAAAACCAUACAAGCCCAUGGAAACAAGAACAGAGUAUUCCUGCUUUUGCAGGGAGAGAAAACUCAACAAACAAGCCAGAGGUUUUUCCACGGGACAGAGUGUUUAAGGUUGGCAGCAGAGCCACCUUCUGCUGCAUUCUGCCAGUGGGGCAAACGUUUAAAAAAAUGUAUGCAGUUGGGUAUGAUGCUAAUAAUAAUAAUGACACCAUCAAGAUCAGCAGUCAGACAUACGCCUUGACCAUCCACCUGAAUCAGCCGUCAGGAGACAGUGACACUGAUGUAAAAUGUCAAACAGACACAUCUGAAAAUGGGGCUUCUGCUUAUUCCGGCUACCCACCUGGUGACAAGGAUCUUUGGUGUGAAACUCGAGAUCUACAAUCAGUCGAAUGCAAAUGGACAGUAGGAAGAAACACACACCUACUCCGUCCAACAGUUUAUCAGCUACUUGGAAGUGAGUGUGCGGAGAACAGCUGUUCUCAAAAAGUGCAAGUGGUUGAAGGUGAAAGAAACUGGACGUUAACAGCACAGAAUGAGCUUGGGAAAGUGGAGCUCCAAGACCGUGCAGACCUGACUAAAAGAGUGCACAUGUACGCUCCACAGGGAGUGAGAGCUCCCACUGUGAAUGCCAGAAAUGUUAGCCUGGAGUGGAAGUGGGCAGUGCAACAGUACAAUAAUCUCAAUAUAACAUGCCAAUUAAACGUUAGCCAUGGUGGAACACAUACCAUAAGUGAAAACUUUGGAGUUGGCCUUAAUUUUGCAGUUUUGAAGGACCUGAAACCAAACUGGAAAUAUAAUGUGGUAGUACGAUGUAGAACCACUGCACAUUUCUGGAAAUGGGGUGAUUGGAGCACAAGUGUCAACUUCCACACAAGGGGUGAUGUUCCAGAUGCUCUUGAUGUGUGGAUGCAAAUGAUGGAUAACCGAAUUUUAAUCAUCUGGAAAAUGCCACUGGCCAACCAGAGUCAUGGACGCAUCAUAGACUAUGAAGUGACCUGGGCAAGGACUACAGAGAGAGACCAACAAAAUAGAACCACAGUGGCUCACAACCAGCACAGUCUUGACCUCAGCCAAGACUGCAUGUCAUGUAUCGUCACAGUUACUGCCAGGAAUAUAAACGGCAGCUCAUCCCCAUCAACCAUCACCAUCCCCAGCCUCAGCCCAGAGUCUUCAUUUUCAGACAGAACCGGAGUGUCUUGGAUUAUCGGCAGUGAGAGUCGCUUCAACCUGUCUUGGUCUGCCAGUCCUACAGCCAGCUGCGGCUACAUAGUGGACUGGUGUCCUACCACAGAGACAUGCAGCGUGGAGUGGCUGAAAGUUCCUGCCAAUGAAACUAAUGCCAGUAUAUUUUCAAAAAACUUCAGUGACGGAGUGAGAUACACACUGUCCAUAUAUGCCUGUACCCAGGGAGCCCCAGUGCUACUAGAAAGACGAGAGGGCUAUGUCAGCGAGAAAAGAAUCGAAAAUAGCCUGUUUAAAUCAUUAAAAUCGAAACAGCGGGAUUCAGAUGUUGAGCUAUCCUGGGAGCCUAUAUCUCUAAAAGAACAGACGGCUUUCAUCCAAGGCUAUGUUCUGUAUGGUUUGGACAGCAACAACAAAUUAGUCAUCAAUGUCAGCGAAGAAAAUCCUGAGGCCACCAGUCUGACAGCAAGAAACCUUCAAAUCAGUUCCUACACAUUCACAGUGAAGGCAUUGACAGCAGUUGGAGAAUGCGGCACUACAUCCAUUACUGUCACCUUGAAAUCACUGACAGCUGAUAACUUGAUCAAGGCAGUCUUCAUUUCCCUGGUCACCAUUUUUUGUGUCCUUUCCCUCAUCACUAUCCUUUGCUACAAACACUGGACGCGUAUCAAACAGAAGGUCUGUCCUCCAAUCCCAAAGCCAGUGUUGACGGACAAGUGGUUGACAUCACCGGGUGAACACAGUUGUCGUCCUCUUGGCGUGGAUCAGUGUCACCACAGUGAAGUGGAUAUCAUGGAUGUUCCAGAGCUGCAGUGUAACACAGGAGUACUAGUGAAUGAUUAUGUCAGCCAGGAGUUUAUGCCUUUUGUUUUUACACAAACUCAAAAGGGUUACUACAACCAACCUCUGAAAAAGCACCUCCCACCACCCCUCACUAUACCCACUGCUGCUAUCCCAUCAGGGUUACCAACUUCUCCAGUCAGAUGUGUAUUUCCUAACCCCUCAUAUGACCUGAUAAUGCAGAUUGGGGAUCAGCUGUCCAAUUCAGGUCCUGAGCUCAUCAUUGAAUACCAGCCUCAUAAUAACACAGAAAGCUUCCCUAUAAACCAGACGAAAGGGGAUCCAGAGAGUCCUAUGUCUUGUGUUUCCACUUACAUUUUGUUACCACAGUCACCCUCCAAUUAGCUGCUGCAUGCACAGCCUAUGUGGUACGUUAUACAGUAAGUAGGAUGGCUAAUAUGAUAAUGCUGCCAGAAAACACCAAAUUUUAUUAUGUAUACAGAUUCAUGUGAAAAAUAUCUCACCAACUAUUGGAUAAUUUGCUGUGAAAAUUGGAACAGACUUUCAGGGCCCUCUAAUGACUUUGGUGAUCCUUUGACUUCUCUCCUGGCACCAUCUGCAGAGUGAAGUCUAUGGGAUGGAUUGCCAUCAGUGCAUUUACUCAGGUACUGUACUUAAGUAAGAAUUUGAGGUACUUGUGGUACCUGAGUAUUUUUUUCAGGCCACCUUCUACUUCUACUAGGAUGAAUUACAAUAACUUUGAUCCCCUGACCUUACAUCACCAUCAUCAGGUCAGUUUCUUUUCUUCAAUACUUGUGUAUGGCUGAAUUAAACUGAUGACAUUCCCAUCAGCCUCAGCUGUACUGUAUGUAUUGCUAAUGUUAGCAUGCUUAUACGCUAAAGUGAGAUGGUGACCAAGCCGAGUAUGUUACCUCGCCUUUAUCUCAAAGCCCUGCUCUGUGUAAGUACAGCCACAGAGAGCGGUUAGCAUCGCUGACUCUCAGCCUUGUUAUGUCCAUAAGGCUCAAAUGCAACUGGAUUUCUUCUUCUUCUUCAGUUCUGACUGACUGGUGGGGAGUCCCAGGGAUUUAACCUCUGUCCAUCCAGAAGUGCUUUUGUGAAUGGUUGAAUAGCUUGUCGUGUCCGACCAUUUCUGUAACUUUCUGAAAGACCAUCCUACAUCGGUCAGCUGUGUAGAGGUAAAAAAAAAACAAAAGAAGCCAGGGUUUGAUCUUCUCUCUCUAGUCAUUUUUCACGUUAACGUGAGUACAACACUGUGAAUGUCUUCCAGGAGAGACUUUCUGGAAAAUGUAUUCAAUUGUGGUGGUGGUGUCAUUUAUUAGUCUUUCUGGAUCUUGUUUCUAUCAGUUUUGGACUCUCAUUGAGGUACUUAUGCUCCUUUUGUUUUUGUUUGUUGUUUGAAGUUUAGUUGCCCUUUGACUUUGCUGCUCUGGAUAUACUAUGACCUGGAUGACUGAGAAUCUUCACAGACAUACUUUUAGACUUGUUAUUUCACAAAUCAUCAUUAAUAAAAUAACAUAGACUGAGUUACUGUAUAAUAUAUAAUCUUGACUGUAAUGGUUUGGUUGAGGUUUUGCCUGUGUAUUUGGGGUAUACUGUAUAAAUGUAUAAAUAAAUUACAGGAAUACAUUUAACCUUUGAACCACAAAAUAAAAUGAGAAAAAGUAUCCUGUCUUAA